AUGGCUAGCCCACCACCCGUCACCGAGGACCAGAACCGCCUCCUCGAGGAGGCAUUGGGGGUGGUGAGGCAGCAAUCGGGCUUGAUGCGCAAAUGUCUAGAGACUCCUGGAAAGCUCAUGGAUGCGCUCAAAUGCGGAUCAACUCUUGUCUCCGAAUUACGAACCCCCAGUCUCGGUCCGAAGCAGUAUUAUGAAUUGUACAUGGCAGUCUUCGACGCACUGCGACACCUCUCCGUUUACCUAAAGGAGAACCACCCGGUCAACCACCUCGCCGACCUUUACGAACUCGUCCAAUAUGCGGGCAAUAUCGUCCCCCGUUUGUACCUUAUGAUCACUGUGGGUACUGUCUACAUGUCCGUCGAAGAUGCGCCGGUCAAGGAAAUUAUGAAGGACAUGAUGGAGAUGAGCCGAGGUGUCCAGCACCCGAUCCGUGGCCUGUUCCUGCGAUACUACCUUUCCGGACAAGCAAGAGAUCACUUGCCAUUGGGUACCGGCGACGGUCCCGAGGGUAAUAUGCAGGAUUCCAUCAACUUUGUUUUGACGAAUUUCGUGGAGAUGAACAAGCUCUGGGUCCGACUUCAGCACCAAGGCCCCUCACGAGAGCGGGAGAGGCGGAUACAGGAAAGACGCGAGCUGGAGCUGCUCGUGGGUAGCAACAUUGUUCGACUCAGCCAGCUGGUUGAUCUUGAAGGGUACAAAUCUGGCAUUCUACAGGCUCUUCUGGAGCAGGUUGUACAAUGCCGAGAUGUUCUCGCGCAAGAAUACCUGCUGGAAGUGAUCACCAAGGUUUUCCCCGAUGAAUUCCACCUUCAUACCUUGGACCUCUUACUUUCCGCAAUUGCCAGACUCAACCCACAUGUCGAUCUGAAGAAGAUUGUCAUUGGACUUAUGGACCGCCUGUCUUCAUAUGCGGCAAGAGAAGCAGAGUCGGCGACAGAGCCAGAAGCACGGAAACAGAGCGAGGAAGAAGCUGUCACCCGGUUAUUGCAGAAGCUCGAAAUUUCGAAAGAAGCCAAAGAAGAGGAAUCGAAGAAAGAAGCCACCACCGAUAGCCCGUCCAAAGAGAAUGGCACCGAAGAACCAGCCAAGGAGAGCACCGAGCCUUCUGAGCCAACAAAGGAAGAGAAGGGCAAGGAAGUGGAGAACAGAGACGAUGCAAAGCCUGGAAUUCCCGCAGAGAUCAAGCUGUAUGAUAUCUUCUAUGAUCAGGUGGUCAGCUUGAUCAAGACACGUGCACUACCGAUCCAAGAUACUAUGGCCCUUUUGGUGUCACUUGUCAACCUGGCAUUGAACAUCUAUCCGGACCGGUUAGAAUAUGUCGACCAAGUCUUGGACUUUGCCACGCAAAAGACUACUGAAUACACUGACCACGCCGAUCUUCAUUCGGCACCAACUCAACAGCACAUCUCCCACCUUCUCAAUGCUCCCCUUCAAUCUUAUAUCUCUAUCUUCACAGCCUUGGCAUUGCCACAUUACCUGCCACUCUUGACCUCGCAGUCAUACCCCACUAGGAGAGCUGUUGCCAGCGAAAUCCUCCGCAGCCUUUUGCGAAACAAGAUUCUGGUUUCCACAACCGAAAACCUUGAUCGUGUGCUUCAGGCAGUGAGGGUGCUGAUCAAAGAAGGCGUGCAGCAGUCGGUUGGAUACCCUGGGGCACAGUCCGGACGGCGGGGAGGGGAAACUGAUGAGACAGUGGAAGAGCAAGGGUGGCUUGCAAGAUUGGUGCAUCUGAUUCAGGGACCUAACAAUGACACCCAGCUUAAGCUCCUUCAAGCAACCCGCAAGGCUUACACAGAUGGCAACGAGCGGAUCCGCUACACCACUCCCGCAAUUGUCACAGCUUCUAUCCGCUUAGCUCGGAAGCUCAAGUCCAGAGAGCACUACGAUGAUAACUGGCAAUCACAAUCCUCGGCUCUCUACCGCUUCAUGCACCAAAGUAUCAACAACUUGUAUCAACGGGUAAAUCCCGGCUGCGCCGAUCUUGCCUUGCGCUUGUUUGUGAUGUGUGGUGAAGUUGCAGACCAGACCGGAUUCGAGGAAGUCAGCUACGAGUUCUUUGCACAGGCAUUCACCAUCUAUGAAGAUGCCAUUAGCGACUCGCGCGCCCAGUUCCAAGCCGUCUGCAUCAUUGCCGGUGCCUUGCACGGCAGCCGUGGAUUCUCCAAGGAGAACUACGAUACUCUCAUUACCAAGGCUGCGCUGCACGGCAGCAAGCUCCUGAAGAAGCCCGACCAAUGUCGCGCGGUCUAUCUCGCCAGUCACCUCUGGUGGGUUGUUGAGAACCCUCAACGUGGCGAAGAUGACCCUAAGGACCUCUACCGCGAUGGCAAACGGGUUCUCGAAUGCCUCCAGCGCGCCCUCCGUGUCGCUGACGCAUGCAUGGACACCGCCGUCUCUGUUGAGCUUUUCGUGGAAAUUCUCAACCGCUACGUCUACUACUUCGACCAGCAGAACGAGACCGUAACGACCAAGUACCUCAACGGACUCAUUGAACUCAUCCACUCCAACUUGCAGACCAGUGAAGACGAGCCUAACGCUAGUCUCGAUGGUCCCAAGCGCCACUUCCAUCGCACACUGGAGUAUAUCCGCUCGCGGGAAUACGAAGGUAUUGUGACAGAGCCGCCUAAGUAA